UCCAGACCCACCUUCCUUUCCUUUUCUUGUGCUACUCAUUUUCCUAACCCCCAUCCUCGCACAGUCCAAUUGCUGUAGCGUCCUUCGGACCGUCGGCGGUCCCUCCCACACGGUGGAACGCUCUGCUCUCAAAGCGGUUGUGUCGUUGGGUUUCCUGCUUCCUCCCUACGGGCCCCUCUCCUGAGUGCAGAUGGCGGGUGCGCAGACGCGUCAACCUGUGUGUCGCUGACACUAGCCGGGCAGCCUGUGGGUUGCCUGCCGCGCGGGAGACUGACACUACACGGAGGGCCACACCGGCCCCCACGCAGUUCCGCCCCAGCAGGGUGCGAGGAGGCAGCGUCAGGUAAUGAGAAAAGACUCCGCCAGCCACCGGGGUCCUGCGUGCGGCCACCGCCGCAGAGCCCCGCAAACACCGGAAGCCUAGGUUCCAGCACUUCCGGGAGAGAAGGUCUUCUGAAGCUGACUGGUUGUUGCGUUGCCUCGCGCACGCGUCGUCGCGCUUUUCCUUGCGCGCGUGCGCGUUGCUACUGCCGAGUAGGAGCAUGGCUGAUCCGGUGGUGUUGGGAUUCGAACACAUGGGUCUGGACCCCCGGCUCCUGCAGGCCAUCACCGACCUGGGUUGGUCGCGACCCACACUCAUUCAGGAGAAGGCCAUCCCACUGGCCUUGGAAGGGAAGGACCUCCUCGCCCGAGCCCGCACGGGCUCGGGGAAGACGGCCGCCUAUGCCCUUCCGAUGCUGCAGCUGCUGCUCCGCAGGAAGGCGACAGGCCCUGCAGUAGAGCAGGCUGUGAGAGGUCUUGUGCUUGUGCCCACCAAGGAACUGGCACGGCAGGCCCAGUCCAUGAUUCAGCAGCUGGCUGCCUACUGUGCUCGAGACAUCCGGGUGGCCAAUGUCUCAGCCACUGAAGAUGCAGCCUCUCAGAGAGCUGUGCUGAUGGAGAAGCCUGAUGUAGUGGUGGGGACCCCGUCUCGAAUCUUAAACAGCCUGCAGCAAGACAGCUUGAAGCUGCAAGACUCCUUGGAGCUGCUGGUGGUGGAUGAGGCUGAUCUUCUUUUCUCCUUUGGCUUUGAGGAGGAGGUCAAGAGUCUUCUCUGUCAUUUGCCCCGAAUUUACCAGGCUUUUCUGAUGUCAGCUACUUUUAAUGAAGAUGUACAAGUGCUCAAGGAGCUGGUACUGCAUAACCCGGUUACCCUCAAGCUACAGGAGUCCCAGCUGCCAGGGCCAGACCAAUUAGAGCAGUUUCAGGUGGUCUGUGGAACAGAGGAGGAGAAGUUUCUGUUACUGUAUGCCCUACUCAAGUUGUCUUUGAUUCGGGGCAAGUCUCUUCUCUUUGUCAACACUCUUGAGCGGAGCUACCGGCUGCGCCUGUUUUUGGAGCAAUUCAGCAUCCCCACCUGUGUGCUCAAUGGGGAGCUUCCACUGCACUCCAGAUGCCACAUCAUCUCACAGUUCAACCAAGGCUUCUACGAUUGUGUCAUAGCGACUGAUGCCGAAGUCCUGGGGGCCCCAGUCAAGGGCAGGCGUCGGGGCAAAGGACCCAAGGGGGACAGGGCAUCUGACCCAGAGGCAGGUGUGGCUCGUGGCAUAGACUUCCACCAUGUGUGUGCUGUGCUCAAUUUUGAUCUCCCACUCACCCCUGAGGCCUACAUUCAUCGGGCUGGAAGGACAGCACGUGCCAACAACUCAGGCAUAGUCUUGACUUUUGUGCUGCCCGCAGAGCAAUUCCACUUGGGCAAGAUUGAGGAGAUUCUCAGUGGAGAGGAUGGGACCCCCGUGCUGCUUCCCUACCAGUUCUGCAUGGAGGAGAUCGAGGGCUUCCGCUAUCGCUGCAGGGACGCUAUGCGUUCGGUGACAAAACAGGCCAUUCGAGAGGCAAGACUGAAGGAGAUCAAGGAGGAGCUUCUCCAUUCGGAGCGGCUCAAGGUGAGGCAAGGGCCAGUGGUGGGCUGCAGCUACAGGCCUCUGGCCAGAGGUGUGGGAGAUGGACCGCCAGUGGCCGCAGGUGAACUGGAUUGCCUCCCCACUGCUGGCACACAUCCUCGAUGCAACUGCUAUGCCCAGCUCUGGGUUGGGGCUGGGCAGCCGGGUACAGGGCAGUGUGCUCAGGCCAUGUCUCUUCCAGUCCCUCCUGCUCUGCGCAGCCUUAUCCACCCUCACAAGAAGCGGAAGAAGCUAUCCUCUAAGAAGGCUAAGAAGGCAAAGACUCAGAACCCGCUGCGCAGCUUCAGGCACAGAAGAGAGGGACACAGACCCACAGCAGCGCCCUCCUGAGGUCUCCCAACUGUCCCAGAGCUGACAGAGCUGGGAGCUGGGUUCCGCCUUGGACAGAUGGGAUCCAGGUGGCCAGAGCCACGGCCCUCCAGGUCCAUGACACUGCCCGGCUGGUGUUUUAUCCCUUAACAGCAGAAUAAAGGUUCUCGCUACCCAGUUUCA